UAUUUUAUUACUUUUACAUGAUAUGUUAUGUAAAUUUCUGUGAUAUCCCACGCUCCAAUUAUGUGCAUCAUAUGUCACUGAAUUUUACACUCGUUUUUCGAUCUGUGUACAUUAAGUGUUGUAUACUGAGGAAGAAUUCAACCACGCGCGGUUGAAAACCACUGAACUAGACACCAUUAUAUCACCCUAUUGGUGAGCAUGAAUUGAUCACAGUUCUACUGGAUGUAUGCUUAGGGUGAUUGGUCCAAACACAAUCCAUAGAAAAAUACCAUCGUUUUCAAGACCUGUGUGGUAAAGUGCAUAUCUAUUCUCUUGGAUCCUAAUUACAAAAUUCCGAAUAAAACAAUUUUCGCUAGUCCCUGUUUUCGAACAUACGUAACUGACCAACUUUGGUGCCAACCGGUAGAUUUUUCGUCAAUGAGAAUUCUCGCACAUCGCAGGUAUCAACAAAAACAGUAUGCAUGGAAAUAAUCAUUGUGGUCGGCUCUGCCAACCUGUUCCUAAUGGAAGCAAGCACUUCUUCAUAUUAUUACGCAGUUUAGGCAUUCUCGUUACGUCUUAGCUUCCAGUAAAUUGACCACCGUGUGUUUAGUAAAGAUUCACAGUUCACGCUCCUCGGUUGUCUACGCACGUGUCGGUUUUAAGCUCCGACGAGAACGCAAACAAAAUGAGCAUACUCGAAUGCUUUGCUUUGAUCUUUCCCGUUGCGGCGUACCUGGUUUAUAGUUGGUGCGUCGGAACCUACAAGUAUUUUGCGAAAAGAGGAAUUCCAUUCGUAAAGCCCCAACCGCUCAUCGGUGGACUAUGGCCAGUGUUGUGCGAGAAUGUCCUUCCGCUGGAAGCUCCCACGUUGGGAUACUAUAUGUUCCCGAAGCACCGAUUCUCGGGCUAUUUCAUGUUCCGAAAACCGGAAUACUUGAUCCACGAUCCCGCGUUGGCGAAACAGGUGAUGAUCAAGGACUUUGAUUAUUUCACCGAUCACACCACUGUCGUUCCGAUGGAAGUAGAUCCCGUUAUUGGACGAUCGUUAUUCUUCAUGGACGGUCAACGGUGGCGACAUGGCCGGUCGGGCAUGAGUCCGGCCUUCACCGGAAGCAAGAUGAGGAACAUGUUCGGUUUGCUGUCGAAGUACGCGGAUGGUGCUGUGCAACGAUUGGUCGAAGAUGCUGGGCAAAAGAAACUGGAGAUGGAGAUGCGCGAUUUGUUUCAAAAGCUUGGUAAUGACAUCAUCACGUCGAUUUCGUUUGGUCUGGAUAUCGAUUCGGUACACAACCCUGAUAGUGAGUUAUUCAAAAGAGGCAAACAACUAGCGGGAACCACCGGAUUUCAAGGUUUGAAGUUCUUCCUGUUGAUGACGGUUCCCAGCAGCGUUUUUGAGUUUUUCGGCAUUCGACUCAUAACCAAAGAGGUUGCUGAAUUUUAUCUUGAUAUCGUCAGAAAGACUAUCAAACAUCGCGAAAAGAACAACAUAGUUCGACCAGAUUUCAUACAUUUGUUCAUGCAGGCUCGUAAUAACGAACUCAAAGAGGAAAAAGGUAAUAAGGAUGAUCAAUUGGAGAGCGCUGGAUUUACCACGGUACGCGAACACAUCGAAUCUUGUACGGAAAACAGUAAAUAUUCGGAUUUUGGAAUCACGGCAGUCGUUGCAUCAUUCUUCUUCGGUAGUAUAGAGACUACGAGUACCGUACUCUGUUUCGCCAUGCACGAACUGGCAGCAAAUCAGGAUGUUCAAACAAAGCUUCAAAAUGAAAUCAAUUUAGUCGAGGAGGAACUCCACGGAAGUCCCUUGACCUACGAAGUUCUGCAGAAAAUGAAAUACCUCGAUAUGGUUGUAUCAGAAACAUUGCGCCGAUGGCCGCCCUUAGCCACUACCAACCGGGUUUGUGUCAAACCGUACACCUUGGAAGACUACAACGGGACACAAGUGACCAUUGAAAAGGGACAAGCUGUUCAGAUACCAAUUAUAUCGUACCAUCAUGAUCCGGACAUCUUCCCAGAUCCGUUGCGUUUUGACCCCGAACGAUUCUCCGAUGAAAAUAAGGACAACAUCAACCGGGAUGCGUUCCUCCCGUUUGGCAGUGGGCCCAGAAAUUGUAUUGGGUCGAGGUUGGCACUGAUGCAUAUCAAGAGCUUGCUGUAUUACAUAUUGGCAAACUUUUCGGUGGAGUUCUCUGAGAAAAUGGAACUACCGUUGAAGCUGAAGAAGAUGUCAAUGACCUACAGUGCAGAGAGUGGCUUCUGGCUAAAUUUGGUACCAAAAAGUGAUAUGUUGAAUGGCAACUUGAAAAAUUAAGUAAGUUAAAUAAGUAGCGUACACAUUACACAUAAAUGACACAUAUAUAGUAUUUUUUUAUAAAAGAAUAAAAAACAGAUCUAAAAUAUGAAAAUUAUGGUAUAUGUACAGAGAACAGAUAUCCAAACUUAACCCGGGAGCGGUCGCGUCGUGUACUGAGUACACGCACCAUGAAAAAAUACACGCUUUUGGAACAUAGCGUGAGCGUGGCGUCGUUGCAGGUAGUCAAAGACGCGACUGCUCGAGGGUUAACCCAGAAACUGUGUAA